GCUUGAGUGUGCUUGCAAAGUAUAGGCCUUCAAAUUAAGAAGACUAACUUAUGCGUGGUUUGCAAUUUUCUGUUAUUCCACAGCUCUUCCUAGAAAUUGCCUAUCGUGUAAAAGGCCAGUAUUGAGUAUUUUCCAUAGACAUUUUGCCACAAGCGUAAUGGAUGAUGGGGGAUAUUUUUGACCUAGACAAUUUCCCCCUAUUUGGUUUGGUCCAAGUGAGUAGGAGGAUAUCCGACACGAAAGAGCUGCUCAAUAGUAAUGACAGCGAUACGGCUAUAGAGUUACCCGUUGCUAUGACGCAAACCACAACCCAAACUCGCAACAGCUCAGAGGAUUUGUUGUUGGCGAUAUGCUGAGGUCGUGACUUCAGCACCCUGGACAGUGAUCAUCUCAAAGCGAUCCGUCCGGUAUAGGCUUCCAGGGAGCUAGAUUCACACUACAGGCUACCCCAGACAGGAUGGAUGAAUUCACCGAGGGAACAAAGCGAUCUCCAUGUCUCGUCAGUGCUGUGUAGGAACUUCUAAUGAGAGGGAUGUUCAAAAAGGUGAAUAAUGUGUUUCGUCCCAACUAUCACGGGCACAGGGCUCAUGAGCACGGCCUUCGCAGCAGACAGGACUACCACAACGCUUGCACCGUGCGGUUGGUCCGCAGCACCUCCAUGCUGGUGAUCGGGGAGAAGACCCAGACGGCCCCGAACUCGACCUUAAAGAGGAGCAAGAGCUCCGUGAGCAUCGAGUCCACCACCGCCUUGUAUUACUACCAGAGGCAGGAGGAUCAAAUAUGGCUCUACUCGCAGAACCAGAACUGCUUGGAAUACUUGGAAGAACUCGUGGCUUUGAGACGGCAAUACACGAGGAGCGUCCACGACCUGACCAGCAGUGAAUUAAAGGCCUCGGUGUCGACCAAGAAGAGAGCGGCGCCGCCCCCGCCUCCCAAGCACGCGCAGAGAUCAAGUGUCAGACCCUCUGCUCCUCCGUUUCCGAACGAGGACGACACUUUGCAAUACUUCGAUGCGGUCAUCGACAGCUGCGACGCGGAUCGGGCGCGCAAACCGCCCGCCGACGACGGCAACGCGGACGUAGACUUUAUUGUGGCGUCAAGCUCCAAAGAGCACGACCUCCAUUCCAACUGGGUCAUGCGCGUGCCCAGAGUGUCAGAGGGGUCCCGAGAGAAAGCGGCUCCUCCCGCGCCUGGCCGUGGCAGCGCAUCCAAGAAGAAAAGCUCCAGCGGCUCCACAAGCAGUCGACUGCGGCUGCAGAGGAACCCGAUCCACCUGCCUAAGGUGGUUGAGAGCGCCUUCCAGACGUUACGCUUCAAGCCCAAUUUAAAGAAGCAGUAGGGCCAAGGAGUUGCUGCUACUUAUUCCCAAUGCCAUGAUUAUUUUGUAUCAUAAUGCCGUAGAACAUUGUUUGAACAGUUCCGAUGUUUCAUGUUUUUGUAUGGAAUUUUGACGACAAAAAUAUACAGUAGCCAAUGUGCUGAACAAAACUGCUAAGCCUCGAUCAUGUAGGGUAGAUGAGCUCAACCAUUUGGUUACACUCACGUGAGAGGUAGGGCUUCAUGGGGAAGCAGUGCCUGUGUGUUAGACACCAUGAGGAGACAAAUAAAGUUACCUCUUACUCCUUGG